ACAUGUAAUCAUAACGUGACGGUAAUCUCGCUCCUCCUUCCCUUGUGCAUGUGCUCUCUCUCUCUCUCUCUGUCUGGCACUCCGAAAAACCAACUGUUCCUAGUGACUACCACAAGAAGCAUUCCAUUGCAGAAAAUCAAGGGGACCUUAAGAUCUUCCUCUACUUGGCGUUCAGCCCAAAUUCUUCUCGCUUCACCGCUCAAUCCGAUCCAAUCCACCAAUGAAGGCCGGCAAUGCUCUAAAUCCUCUCAUCACUUUCGAGCACAAGAGGGACGCCUAUGGGUUUACCGUGCGACCUCAGCACCUGCAAAGAUACCGUGAAUAUGCGAACAUAUACAAGGAGGAAGAAGAAGAAAGGUCAGAUCGAUGGAAAUCCUUCCUAGAUCGGCAAGCAGUAUCUGUUCAAGUGGUUGGAAAUAACCUAAAUUUUGAGGAAAAUGACAAUGUCUUGCAGGCUGAAGCUGGAGAGAAAGAAGCCUCAGGGAAGGUUGUUAAUGGAUACGAGUCUAGCCAUCAGAAACCUGAUUCUGAUAAUACAGUUGAUAAUGGAAGUAAAAAAGAGGAGUUACAAGCAUCUGAGGCAGCCAAAAUUCAUAGAGUUGAACUAUGGACAGAGAUAAGACCAUCACUUCAUGCUAUUGAGGGUAUGAUGAGUAAUCGUGUAAAGAAGUGUGUUGAAAGAAACAGGAAGAAUGCAUUGAGAGAUGAACAAAUGUUUGGAACUGGGAAACCACUAUCUUAUACUGAUCAGGCAAAAUCACAAAAAGGAGCAUGUGAGGAGGACUCUGAUGAUGAGUUUUAUGAUGUAGAGAGGUCAGACCCUAGUCUAGAUGUUCCUUCAGCUGAUAGUUUGAAUGCCUCUUCCAAUGGUAUUGCUGGUGAUGCAACACCACUAGAGUAUUCAUGUCCUUGGAAGGAAGAGCUGGAAGUUCUUGUUCGUGGGGGAGUGCCAAUGGCACUUAGAGGAGAGCUUUGGCAAGCUUUUGUGGGUGUAAAAGCAAGACGGGUAGAGAAGUAUUAUCAGAGCCUGCUAACUCCUGAGAAUGAUUUUGGGAUUAAAUUGGAUCAACCAAGUAUGCAUUCAACUGAUAAAGACGGGAAAGAAAAUGUAGAUUCUAUUUAUGCACCAGAAAAAUGGAAAGGGCAGAUUGAAAAGGAUCUCCCUCGAACAUUCCCUGGCCAUCCUGCUCUGGACGAGGAUGGUAGAAAUGCUUUGAGGCGAUUACUUACUGCAUAUGCUAGACAUAAUCCUUCUGUUGGUUAUUGCCAGGCUAUGAACUUUUUUGCUGGUCUAUUGCUGCUUAUGAUGCCUGAAGAAAAUGCCUUUUGGACCUUGAUGGGAAUUUUAGAUGAUUAUUUUGAUGGCUAUUACUCUGAGGAAAUGAUAGAGUCUCAGGUGGACCAACUUGUUUUUGAGGAGUUGGUGCGGGAGAGGUUUCCCAAAUUGGUCAAUCAUCUAGAUUACCUGGGAGUGCAGGUGGCAUGGGUUACUGGACCAUGGUUUCUUUCCAUAUUCAUGAACAUGCUUCCUUGGGAAAGUGUUCUACGAGUCUGGGACGUGCUUCUUUUUGAAGGAAACCGUGUCAUGCUAUUUAGAACCGCGCUUGCUUUAAUGGAGCUAUAUGGCCCUGCAUUGGUAACAACAAAAGAUGCUGGAGAUGCAAUAACUUUGCUUCAAUCAUUAGCUGGUUCCACAUUUGAUAGCAGUCAGCUUGUGUUGACUGCUUGCAUGGGUUACCAAAAUGUAAAUGAAGUCCGAUUACAAGAACUUAGAAAUAAACAUCGACCAGCUGUAAUAGCUACAGUUGAAGAAAGAUCAAAAGGUCUUAAAGCUUGGAGGGAUUCUCGGGGUCUGGCAUCUAAGCUAUUUGGUUUUAAACAUGAUCCCAAAUCAACGACAGAGACAGAUAAAGCAGAGCAAUUGAUUGAUGGUAGUUUAUCACGUACAGAAUCUGGUUCCACUAAUGCAGAUGAGAUUAUCAUUAGCCUGACAGGAGAUGGUGAGAUAGAUACUGUUCCGGAUCUUCAAGAGCAGGUAGCAUGGUUGAAGAGUGAACUUUGCAGAUUGCUAGAGGAAAAAAGAUCAGCUGUUCUCAGAGCAGAGGAGCUUGAAACAGCGUUGAUGGAGAUGGUCAAGCAGGAUAAUAGGCGACAACUGAGUGCCAAGGUUGAGCAGUUGGAAGAAGAGGUCUCUGUGCUUCAGCAGGCACUUGCUGAUAAGCAAGAGCAGGAAAAUGCUAUGCUUCAGGUUCUGAUGCGGGUAGAGCAAGAGCAGAAGGUCACUGAGGAUGCUCGUAGGUUUGCAGAGCAAGAUGCAGAAGCACAAAGAUAUGCUGCCCGAGUGCUUCAGGAAAAAUAUGAAGAAGCCAAUGCUGCACUUGCUGAAAUGGAGAAGAGGGCAGUUAUGGCGGAAUCAAUGCUUGAAGCCACAUUGCAGUAUCAAUCUGGCCAAGUUAAAGUGCAAGCAUCUCCACGGUCUUUGCAGUCCAAUUCCGAAGUAUCACGAAAUAAUCAAGAGCCAAUGCCAGAUGUGCCUGCUAAGAGAAUAGGUUUACUUUCUCGUCCAUUUGGCCUCGGUUGGCGUGAUCGAAACAAGGGAAAACAAACUAAUGCAGAAGAACCCGCAAAACCGAGUAAUGCAGAAGAGCCAGCAAAGCCGAGUAAUGCAGAAAAGCCAGCAAAACUGACUAAUACAGAAGAGCCGGCUGAAGGAAAAGCCACCAUUGAGGGACAAGGUACAAGGAGCCACCAAGAGAAUAAUGGCCAUAAAAUACAGAAUGAUUAGGAAAGAAGAUGUUAGGAAUAUAUAUUUUAGUCUCCUUCCCAUGAAAGUUCAAUGAGGAAGUAGCUUCUUGUUUGCAAUUUUUGUUUAGAGCGAACUGGUAAUUCAUUCAUUGUUUGUUCACUAAGAUCCCAUAGAAUAAUAUAAGCGUAUUUGUGAAAGGAAAAAGAAAACAGGUUGAGCUCGAUUGUUACUCGACUUUCCCGUUUGUAUUGGUCUGAAGGAGUGAAUUUGUAGUAGCAAAGUUGUAUAUAUAUAAUUAUAUAUUUUAUUAA